AUGGACCCGUUAUCGAUACCGGCCAGCAUCAUAGGCAUUGCUGCCUUCUGCGGCAAGUUCGUGCACGCCGCCGCCCAGUUCGUCAACGACGCGCGAGAGGUUCCCGAGGUGAUCACCGAGUUCUACGAGAACACCCGCAACCUGCAGACGUCCCUGCUGAACCUCGGCCACGUCCUCAAGCAGAGGCCCGGUCCGCGGCCCUUCGAGCGCGACCACUACCAGAACAUCUUCCAGAUCGCCCAGUCGUGCCAGGCCGCCCUCGAGAGACUGGACAGCAAGCUACCCGACGUGCCGGAUGACCCCAGCUCGUUCGCCAAGGCCCGGAUGAACAUGGCCAUGUCCCUGAAAUCCAACACCAUCCAGCAGACCAUGGUCCACAUCGGCUCCUACACCCAGGUGCUCCAGCUGAGCCUCAUCACCCUGUCGCUCGGCACACUCUGGGGCACGCAGAAGUCGCAGGAGAGGGUCACCGCCGAGGUCCGCAACCUCAAAGACAGCAUCCGCUCGGCGAACCUAUUGGCCCUUCCAGGACAAGGCACGGCCGCCCAGUCCCGGCUGACCGAGAUGGAAGACGACGUCGCCGACGCCAACAUGACCGUGAAGCGUGAGAUACAGGCGUGGAGGCUAACGGUCGAGGACGUUGCCGCCGCCGUCUCCCUCCACGACCCCGACGACCUCUCUCUCGACGGGAGGUCGCUCCGGCCCGACGUCCUCUCCCUCGACGACCGGUCGUUGUCGCACCACCGCGGCAUCCCCUCCAACAUUGGCAUCGACAUGGCUCUGGACGCCGAGACAAGGACAUUCGACCCCGAGCCCGAGGUCGUCGACUGCCCCAGCCUCGACAUCCUGCAGCACCAGCUCGAGCAGAACCAGAAGAUGGUCCUCCUGCUCGUCAAGAGCGACAUCUUCCUCAAGGCCUCGUUCUACCAGCGCAAGGCCAUCCGAUGGAAGGAGAAGCUGGCCGAGGUGCACAUGGUCCCCUUCGACUAUCGUGAGCGAGUAGACAUGAACGAGUUCCUGGCGGAUAUCCUGCUGGGGAGCGAAACCAAGGAGAGCAGGAGGGAAGGGCGGGAGAUCCUUGAGGCCCUGCUUGCCGAGGAGUGCAGCCGAGAGAGGGAGGCCAGGGACCAGGACCGGAGAUGCCGUCUAUACCACAAGCUGGGCAACGUCUACAUGGCCGUCGAGGGCGACGUGAAGCAGGCGAUCAAGAUGCUCAACCGCGCGUUCGAGGGCCGACGCCAGAUCGUCCCGAUGCCCGUCAACCUCGUCAUCGAGUCCGGCGAGUUGCUGGUCAGGGCCCUGCAGCUGGACCAGGCCUUCGACGAGGCCCGCGGAUACAUGGAGUGGAUCCGCCAGACGCUGCGGCCCAAGACGGUGCCCGAGCCGGUCUCGUCGCCGUCCGACCUCGCGUUCGGGUGGUGCAAGGAGAGGGGCUUCGACGUCAACGUCCCGGGCUUCUCCUUCGACGAGUGCGACCCGACCCGCGGCACCUCACCCCUCCACCUGGCCGUCAAGGAGGAGAACACGGCCGUGCUGCGCCAGAUGGUCGACCAGGUCGCCAACUUCGAGCGACCCGACGAUGCCGACGGCGCGACGCCGCUCCUCCUCGCCGCGGGCACGCGCAACACCGAGACGACGGCCCUGCUGCUGGACCACGGCGCGCGCGCCGACGCGCGCGACCGCGGCGGCAAGACGCCGCUGCACCGGUGCAGCCAGGCCAAGGGCGGCGGCGUCAAGGUGGCGGGCCAGCUGCUCGCGAGCCGGCCGGACCUGCUCAACAGCCCCGACGGGUCCGGCCGCACCGCGCUGUUCAUGGCGGCCGAGAACGGCAACGCCAAGCUGACGCUCGCCCUCCUGUCCCGCGGCGCGGGGCCGGACCUGCCCGAGCAUCACGGCCGAACGGCGCUGUACCGCGUCUGCGAGCGCGCCGACGACGCCAUGGCACGCGCGCUGCUCGAGCACGGCGCCAACCCCAAUGCGAGGGGUCCGGGUUUGCGCACCCCUCUCCUGGCGGCCAUCGACGCGGUGGCGCUGAUCUCCGACAAGGUGGCCGUGGUGCGCGCGCUGCUGGAGCGCGGCGCGGACCCGGCCGCCGCCGACGCCGACGGGGUCAACGCCUUCGGCGCCGUGGGCAAGGCCGGGUUCUCGACAGAGAUUAGGCGCCUGCUGCAGCAGGCCAGCGCCGACCGCCGCCGCUCCAGCACCUGUUCCGCUGCGUCGGGCGCCAGCCGCGGGUCGAGUAAUAGUAGCCUCGAUUCGAAGCCGCCUAGGACCCGGCGGCGGUUCUGA